UUUACUUUCAUUCACAAAACUUUAAACUCCGUCGCAACCGCUCUCCGCAAAAUCUGAAAGUUGUCUGCGGAAACUCCCUAUUUGUUUAAUUUUUUGGCAUUCAUUUACUUUUUUCAAGCUCUAAAAGUUACCGGUAGAACUUUUUAGGCUGGUUGUACCGGUAAAGUCUCGUCAUCAAGUGGACGGGUAGAGCGCUCGUGUCUAUUUGGGGGGUGUGACAGCACUCUCCGUACAGCUGUGCCGGGCUUGUUUAUGAGUUGAACAGGUUGCUCGCGCGGUGGGGAAGAGAGAAGCACCGGGUCACGGUCUUGUCUUGGGACGCGCACUUGCAACUGACCGCACGCCUGCCGGAGGAUUUAGGCUUCCGUUCAGAAUGCUGCGUAAUUUGACCUGAAUCAACUCCAUGCCCGCUCGGCCCAAUUCGGUGCUGUUACCAUGAGUCCACCGUCAUAUAUGGAAACUUUGAGAAACAGCCUGUGUAUGACAUGAAUGACAAACAGGACAGGCCUUAUGUGUGCGGCGCCCCUGGCUGCUCUCAGCGCUUCCAGCUGGAGGAGCAUCUGAUCAUCCACAGACACAAGCAUGAGAUGACCCUCAAGUUUCCCUCCAUAAAGACGGAUACAACUUUUACAGACCAGACCCCAACACCAACGAGGUUUUUGCAGAAUUGUGAAGAUCUGUUCAAGGAGAUAGAGUUUCUUCAAACACCAGAGGACAACAACAAACAGACAUUUUCUCACAAUGGACCGUCUUGUGUAAACCAGCACCAUCUCAAACCCCAGCUUCAGCUCCAACACCCACCCCAGCCUCAGCACCCACAUCCCCAGCCAGCACUACAUCAUCCCCAGCCAGCGCUGCAUCAUCCCCAGAGUCAUGGCUCCAUGAUGGCACCCAGCUGCAGCCUGGCUGCCCAGCAAGCUUUGUCCUCCUCCUCCUCCCAGUCUGGAUCAGUCAUCACUCAGGCUCCUUCCACUCUAACACAUUCAGGGCCGGUUCCCGGGGCGCUGUCCUGCCUCCUCCACAUGCGGAACAGACACAGACAACCGCUGCCAGCCUCCUUACCUGGCACCCUGCCAGACCCAGCUAUGCAAGGGGCAUCUGCUCAACACAUGACUAGAGCCAAACAGACAAUGGGACAUCAUUACCAACAGCACCACACAGGAAUGGUCCCCAUCAACAACCCUGUGACCUCCAUGGGUCACAUGAUGGAGAUGAUGUCACAGCACCACCAAGCACCUCCACUACAACAGCACCAUCCCCAACCCCAUCAUCAUCAUCAACAUCAUCAUAAUCCUCCUCAUCCUCCACAACUUCCAGGAAUGCCACUUACCUACCAACAGCGAUGCCAUGCUCCGCCUCCACAACAUCUGGGAAGCACCCAAAGCCACCAGCUUCAUCAGUCAGGGAAUGUACCACAUGCUCAAGCUCACCAAUCACCGCCUUCACGCUUGCACCAGAGCUCACCACCAGCACCUCCACUGUCAGCUCCAGCACAGUUAUCGCCAGUUGCACAACAGAUGCAGCCCUCUCAGCAUGCAGUACAAGCAAGUGGAAGCUGUAGCAGUGGUGGAGGAGGGGCCAUGGGAGGUGGCAACCGUCGCAGAAGGACAUCAGAGCAGGAUCCGGAUGAGCGAAGGCAGAAGUUUCUUGAACGUAACCGGGCGGCAGCCACCCGUUGCCGGCAGAAGAGGAAACUGUGGGUGUCAUCGCUGGAGAAGAAAGCCGAAGAGCUGACACACACAAACCUGCAACUACAGAAUGAGGUGACGUCACUGAAGUCAGAGGUGGGUCAGCUGAAGCAGAUUCUGCUCACCCACAAGGACUGUCCUGUCACAGCACGGCAGAGAGAGGCACAGGUGUACCCCACUGCAGGGGUGAGCCCAGGAGGAAGUCCCACCCCUGCAGGUUCUGGGUCUCAUCUCCAAGCCAUCCAACACAACAGCAUUUCCACCUCCUCAACAGCUGGAGGCGACACCGGGCACAUCCCCCCACCUGGAAACUAGCCUUCUACGUUUAGAUGAGAUGCUAAACUGGAUUUAGGAGGAAUUUAUUAAUCCACUUAAGCACUGAGGUGUUUUUCAACAUUUUUAUCAGGUUUUCUGGUUGGAGCAAAGACCAGGGGUAGAAUUUUCCAUAUCAUGUGCAAAAAUGAAACUUUCUUUGAACCUUGUUUAAAAAAAAUGUGAUUGUAACACGGCAACUGGAUCCUAUGUUCAUGCAGAAAAUGCUUGUUUCUCACCUGUGACCUAUUGCCUAUCCACACACACAGUCACAUUACAUUUUUAUUUUUUAAACAUCGUUUGCUCUCAAAUCUUGCACUAAUUUUCUAAAAAAAAAAGAAAAAAAAAAACAAAGCUCAUAUUUUAGUUUUUAUUUCUAACUGAGCAGCUGUUUUUGCAAACCUGA